UCUCAUCUGACAUACCUCCGUCUGCGGUCGCACGCACGUGACGUUGACGGAAGGAAAGAAAAACAAAGUACAACUGACGUGUCCUAAUAAGAGGCCAACGUGGCAACGCGACAGUGUUUGGGAUAUUUGGUAUGCAGAUUCUACGACUGCUCCGAAUCAUCGCCGAUCUUGUUGACUUGUGUUCCCCCGGUUAUGUUUCCAUGGUUGUGUGACGUGAGAGGUGAAAAAGAGAACCGUGUUUAACGUCGCGAAUUGUCAGCGUCUGGCGUUUUAUUCGUUCGGCGCAAAAGGUUAUGUGUCCGCGAUGAUCGCGUCGUCAGCGACAACCCGACGUCGGUCAGCGUGACUCGCUUCAUACGACGUCGUCGCCCGAGCGAAUUGGAUCGCCAAAUCGACGCGUCAUUGUCCCCCGAGAUCACGCGUCUCCGCCGCCUCGUCCACGAUAUGCGGUGACGAGCGGGAAAUUCUAACCUAACUACGGCGCCCUUAACGAUCCGGCGAUAACCUUGAAGGAUCUCAUUGUGCGGUGUGUGUGUGUGUGUGUGAACGUGGCGCGAACGCAGAGUGCUCGGUGCGAGUUGUUGAUUCGAUUCGUGGAUGGAUGUCAAUAUGAGGAGGAAACAGGAAAAGGAAGACCGGGUGACGGAGGAUGGCACCGUUGAGUCGGGCAACGUUCAGGAGCCGUCCGAUCUGCGGGGCGACGAGAGGAACAUCGCAAUUCUGUUAUUUCUGUACCUGUUACAGGGUAUCCCGUUGGGAUUGUGUGGAUCGAUCCCCAUGUUAUUACAAAAUAGAGGGGUUUCUUAUCGGCAACAGGCAGAAUUUAGCUUCGUGCAAUGGCCGUUUUCGUUGAAGCUCUUUUGGGCGCCUAUGGUAGAUUCUAUUUUUUCCCAAAAGUUCGGAAGGAGAAAAACUUGGUUGAUACCUACCCAAUACUUGAUGGGCAUGUUUAUGCUCCUUUUAUCGAAUUAUGUGGACCACUGGCUCGGCAAGGAACAUGAAAAACCCAAUAUCGAAAUGUUGACUGUAUUAUUUUUUUCCUUGAACGUACUUGCCGCGACUCAGGAUAUCGUAGUAGACGGAUGGGCGCUAACGAUGCUCAAAAGGUGCAAUGUUGGAUAUGCAUCUACCUGUAACAGUGUCGGCCAAACGGCGGGCUACUUCAUUGGUUACGUCCUGUUUAUUUCACUAGAGUCCGCUGAAUUUUGCAAUAGCUAUUUAAGAUCAACUCCUUCUAAAGAAGGCAUACUAACUCUGCCUGGAUUUUUAUAUUUCUGGGGCUGGACGUUCGUUGUUACGACAACAUUUAUCGCGAUAUUUAAACACGAGGACAGAAUUUCAAAAAGCGAGGAACUAAAUAUGGACAUUAAACAUGCAUAUAAAUUGUUGUGGGAUAUUGUUAAAUUACCAGCUAUAAAAACUACAAUUAUAUUUCUCUUGACUGCAAAGAUUGGAUUCUCAGCGUGCGACGCUGUAACCAGUUUGAAGCUGAUAGAAGGCGGUUUUCCCAAAGAAAAAUUUGCUUUUAUGGCUGUACCCAUGAUACCAUUACAAAUAAUUUUACCAUUAAUAAUCUCGAAGUAUACCGCUGGACCCAGGCCUAUGGAUGUUUAUAUGAAAGCUAUGCCUUAUAGAUUAGCUUUCGGCUUAAUAGCAGCAUUUUUGGUGUGGGUUACACCGUUCAUUGUAAUCAAUGGAUAUGUUCCAGCUUAUUAUUUUGUAGUAUUGAUAGGUCUCUAUUUUAUACAUCAGAUUUCUGCGAGUAGUAUGUUCGUCGCGUCGAUGGCUUUCUUCGCGAAAGUGAGCGAUCCGGCAGUCGGUGGCACUUACAUGACAUUGUUAAAUACUUUAUGCAAUCUCGGUGGAAACUGGCCCGCCACGGCCGCGCUUUGGUUUGUCGAUCCUCUAACGUUUCGGCAAUGCAGUACUGAUUAUACAAACGAUUGUAGCACAAUCACAGAAAGAGAGCUCUGUGCGAAUACCAAGAAUGGUGUUUGCAUUAUGCAGUUUGACGGUUAUUACAUAGAGAGCAUCCUCUGCUUAAUCAUAGGUUUCUCCUGGCUUAGGUGGGGCCGUAGAAAAAUUAAUAUAUUACAGGCGAAACCGAUGUCUGCUUGGAAAAUCGUACUUACCCGUAACAACAGAUAUUUCAUAGAAGUUUUGUAAAACAGACGAAAAUAUGACACGUCCGGCGCAGUUUCUAUUGUAAAUAUAUCUGAAAGUAUUUUACGUAUGCGUAAAGUGAUGUGAAUAUUUAAUGCAGGAUGUUAAUAAAAGUUUUUCAUAUAAAAA